UCUAGAUGCAUAGACUUCGUUUCCGGGGAAAAAACAACAUCAAUGAUCAAAAGUUUUUUCAACAUUUCUUCCUUUCUUGACCAAAUCAUACGAUAAUACAUAUACAUUUCAUCAUAACCAACAGAUCACAAUAUGGGAAGAAAAGGAACAUCAUUUAUUACAUUGUCCAAAAUAGAAAACAUUUUAAUGUUUGUUAUUAUUUGGGCAUGUAUUUUAAGUAUACACUAUGCCUAUAGAAAAUCAGGGACAGAUGCUCUUAAUAAAAUUAGUAGCACAAUACAUACUAUUCCUAAAAGUCUUGAGAAAGAAAAUAAACAUAAAGACAGUAACAAAAAAGAUAUUUUGGAAGAUUCAGACUUUCUGCAACCUGACUUAGAAGCAAAAGUACAGAAAGAGUUAGAGGAAAUAAAAAAAGAACAAGAGAGAGAAUUAAAAAAAGAAUCUAUAAGAAAGAAAGAAGGAGAAUUUUAUAGCACCUACAAGGAAGAAGAAGUUUAUAAGUGGUUCGAUGAGAGGCCUAAACGAAAUGAACUCUUAAAAGAUUCUAGUGUCCAAAGCUCAAACCAACCAAAAUAUUUAAUAAAAGGGGAUAAUAUUUGCAAAGGAAAAACAGAUAUUUUAUUUUAUAUUCAUAGCAAAAAUAGCAAUGAGAAAAAUAGAAAAGCAAUUCGACAGACCUAUGCUCAUCCAGAAAAUUUUAAAAAGUUGACUGUUAGGAUCGUUUUUAUUCUUGGAAAAGGAGCAAAUGAAGAAGAGAAAAGUAAAAUUAUCAAAGAAAGCGAGGCUCAUAAGGAUAUUGUUCAAACCGAUUUUGAAGAUAAUCAGAGAAAUUUAAGUUAUAAAGUUUUAACAUUUUUACAAUGGGUUGUUGAUUUUUGCUCAAGUCCAGUACCUAGAUAUAUAGUUAAAGUGGAUGAUGACUUUUUUGUAAAUCCAUUCAUGCUUGUUGAAGAAUUUAUUUCAGAAGUAUGGGAGAAAGAGAAUUUUGUUGCUUGUCAUUACAAAGAAAACAGCCAUGUCGUCAGGACAAAGACUAGUAAAUGGAAUAUUCCAGAAACAGCAUAUCCGAUAAAAGAUCCUGACGUAUUCCCUAAAACAUGUUCUGGAUAUACGGCCAUAUUUCCUGGGGAUUUGGUACCAGUUUUACGCAGCAUAUCAGUUGACACUCCAUUUAUUCCCGUUGAUGAUGCUUACUUAUUUAGUGUCAUGUUUGAAAAGCUUGAUAAUCCACAAUACAAGCAGAUUCUAGAAGGGAUGACCCUAAAUAAAGAUAUGGGACUACAGGAUUACAGUGGGAACAAAAGGUUACAGUACAUGUCUGUCAGUGCCUGGGGGGAUAUUACUGAAAUGAUGAAUAUAUUAUGGAAAGGAACAAUGAAACAUUUAACAACAUUAGGUAAACAGCUUAUCAGUGAAAAACGCUUAGCAAAAUAGUAGUUAAAAAGUUUGUUAAUAAAAAAAACGCUUACCAAAAUAGUAGGUAAACAGCUUAUCAAUGAAAAAGCUUUAGCAAAAUAGUUGUUAAACAGUUUGUUAAUGAAAAACACUUACCAAACCAGUAGUUUAACAGCUUAUCAAUGAAAAUGCUUACCAAAACACUUAACAGUAGCUGAAUAGUUUAUUAAUGAAAAACAAAUGAAGAAAACAAGAACAAUAGGUAAACAGCUUAUCAUUUAAAAAUGUUUUCUAAACAGUAGCAUAACAGUUUAUAAAUUAAGAAUGAUUACAUGUACUAGAUGGCUUAUUAAUGAUAGGUUAUAACUAAAACAAAUUCAAUCUUGUUAAAGAAAUAGGCAUAAUUGUUUUAGUCAUAACUACAUGUAUCUUCUCUUCUGGGUUUACUAUUGACACUGUCUAUUAAAGUUGUUUUUCCUUUUCAUAAAAGUAAAAUUUCAUUGACAAUUAAAUUCACUUUAAAAUUGUCUGUUAUUUUCAAAAUGCUGCCUAUUUACAAGCCUCCCUUGUACAUUUUAAAGGCAUUGCUAACAUUGCUAAAUUACAUGUACUUAGUAUCUGUGUCUAGUAGAAUUGUGGAAAUAUCUUGAGAGAAAAUCUAAAAAGCAAAAUUGAAUGAGACAAAAACCUAAAUAGGAAAAAACUUUAUUUUGUGUCUAAAAGAGUUGUGAUAUUGUAUAUGUUGAUUUCGAGAAAGAAGUGGAAAGAAAAAGAAAAUUUUUUGUAUGGGUCAAAUUUCCUGAUAAUUGCUAUAUAUUUAUACAAAUUGUUUUAUGCUGUGUAACAUGGAAUAAAAUAUUUAUGGACAAAAUCAGUCAUAUGUGGGUCUCCAGUUUAUAUAUAUUUUAUUUAUGUUAGCUUUUUUUUUUGCAUGUCUCCUAUAAAAAAUAUUUGUACUAUUAUUCAUUGAUGAUUUAAUGAUAAGCUAAUAUUUUUAUGUGAGUCUUGCCAGCUAGUCUCUUAUGUUUACUUUUUUUCACAUCAUCACAUGUAUUUAUUUUUGACAAUGUUUAAAAUGUACUGAAUUCUAAAUGUCUAGUUGUCCUUACUUGUUCAUUAUAGUACGCAAGAAGAAUGAUUUUGAACCAUUUAUACCUUAAAUUUAUACAGAAGUAGCAUAAUAAAUGGUGGUAGUUUGACCUUUUAACCAAUAUAUUGUUUUGAUAAGAAAAAGGGAAAUAAAACAUAUAGAACACACAAAUUAGUCUUUAGGUUAAAUUUUUUGGUCAGUUUUUGAUGAAGUUGAAGUCUUUCUAAUUUUAAUGCCAAAAUAAGUGUUUUGACCACUAUUUCAUGGUCCACUGAACAUAGAAAAUGAUUGUGUGAGUGGGGUAUCCAUGUACUGGGGACACAUUCUUGUUUUAAAUUUAAAAAGGUCUAUGCACAUGAUACAUGCAUACACAAACUUUAUGUUGUUACAAAAUAAACUUAUUAUGUAAAAAAUACUAUUUGGAAAAAGAACGAAAUAUGUGAUUAAAUUAGAAAGCAAAACCCACCUUUGUUUUUGUUUAAAAGAGUAUUUAGUUUUUAAAGUAUAUUUUUAUAUAUUAAUAUAUAUAUUGUGUUUAUAGUAGAAAUGUGGAUAUGCAUGGUUUAUCUCCCUUUGUAAUUCUUUAUUUUGAUAUUACAAUCAUAACUAAUCAACUAUUCUGGCUACGCCUAUGAUUGACUGUUAUUACUGUACACUGUAUUUGUAUUUAGGGAGCAAACAUUUUACCUCAAUGAGGCGGUUAUGUUGAUUUUUUUUUGGCCGGCUAUUUUUUUUUGUACAAACUAUUUGUUAAGUUUUUAAAACGUACGAUUACACUAAACGAAGCAUAAAAACAAAUUUCAAAAUACGCUCAAUGACUAUGUCCAUUUUCCCGUUCAUAUGCCCCAUCAUUUUGUUAUAAAACUGAUUUUAAAAAUACCGAAAAACUAUGACUCUAAGUUUCAUCGGGCCAACGUCAGGUGAUGCGUUGAAGCAACGUCUUGCAAAUGUCAGGUAAUGCCUCAAAGCAACGUCGGGGAUGAAAGGGUUAACAUAGAAAAUGAUGGUGCGAAUGGGUAUCCGUGUACUAUGGACACAUUCUUGUUUUCUUCAAAAUGGUGAUCAGAACAUUAACUCAAAACAACCAAUACAAUCCUUUUUUAACCUUAUUAUGAGUUUAUAUUCAAUGUUUCUAUUUUGAAUUGAUGUUCAGGGUGUAAUUAUAUAUAUAUUAUUGCAAGUUAUCUUUAAUUUUAGAAUUUUUUGGAUUUCAAAAUAAAUUCAAAGGGACAUAAUUUGAUUGUAAAAAAUAUAUAUUUAUUAAUAGUAUUGCGAACAUUAUAUUGAAAGUUGCAUUUAUUCUGAAAUCCAUUUUGCUACUUUAUUGUAUUAUAUUGUUAUUGUUAUUUUUAGUGUUUGCUUAUACAUGUAGGAUUAGUAAGAAAUCUAUAAUCUGUGGCAAAUCUAUUUGUGGGAACAUUUUACAUUUUUUUUUUCUAAUUUGUUUAUUUAAUAUUAAAACUGCUUUGUAAAUGGCAAAUUGGAUGUAUCUCUGUAUAUGUAUAUUUUAUAUGUAUGUGAUUUGGGGAAAUACUGGCCACUUAGACCCUGUUCACACUAGCAUUUUUUUUUAUAGAUCUUAUUUGAAUCGAUCUAAAUAAAACCAGUUAGCGUUCACAUUAUCUUUAAUCAAAACGAUCUCUAUCGGUCUAAUCUGAACCACUGCGUUCACACUACAAUUAAAAGCGCAAUCGAUCUAACCUUUUUGCCCGUAAAAUGUAAACACUGUGUAUAAAUAGAACUGAUUUGUUGAUACACUGAUACACACACUUGGGGGAAAAAUUGGAUAAAAUUAUUAUUUCUCUUGAAUCACAAGUUAAAAUUUUGAUACUGGUGUUAUUGCAGUAUUCUUAAUUUUGAAAAAUAUAACUGUAGCAAAGAAGUUACAACACGACACCGGAAAUACGGCGGUUCCUGCAAAGAACAAAAAAAUCAACACAAGAAAAGAAGACACAGAUUUCACAAGUCUAUGCUAUGGCUAAGACAGCAUGUUUUCAGUUUGUUUUAAAGGUCUUGUAACAGAUAAAUAUGGGUUAAACAACGCACUUCUAAGAUAGUUUUGCCGCUAUACAUGCGCAUACAGUAUUUUGAUUCAAUCGUACUAGUUUAAACCGAUCUCUGCGUUCACAUCUAAAUUAAGAUCGGUUUACUUUAGAUCGAUUCAAACUAAACUACCUCUUUUGGUGUUUUAGUUUAGACCGAUUGAAGAUCGAAUCAAUGCGUUCACAUUAGCCCAUAAACCGAUCUAAAGUGAACCGGUCUAGUUUAUAUCGAUAGAAAUGUCCUAGUGUGAAAGGGGUCUUAUUUAAUCUGAAUAAAAGAAGAAAAAUUAGUGAAAAUGAUAAUUUUCUGUGCAGUCAAACAGUAAUGACACUGGUAAAUUUUAAAUUUUAACUUCUCAUUGGUUUUAUUUGAUUAUUUCAAUGCUAUAGUACUAUGUUAUAC